AAUUACUCAUUGAUUUAUGUCCUCUGAAUAUAAUUGCAGUAAGAUCUAAAUAUUAAAGUCGGUGACGUAGAGUACCAGUGUUUUCAACUAUACAACUAGUGAAAAAAUUUAACAGAAGGACCAUUUUAUAGGUAUUUGUUAUAACUGUAUGUGUAGAGUUGGAAGGUGCCACAUUCGAACCCAUAGAUUAGUGAUGACAACCUUCAGUUUGACUAUCAAGGCUCUACGAGAAGAGAAAACAGUUUCUGUUCCUAGUUCAUGCUCAGUUAAAGAACUUCGAAGUGAGGCUUCCAAAGCAUUUCAGACUCCAUCAGAGAGACUCAUCUUAAUAUUUGGAGGCAAGAUUCUUAAAGAUGAUGAUACUAUUGAACAGCAUAGCAUAAGAGAUUGCUCUACUAUUCAUCUGGUGAUCUCAAAGCAGCAACAGCCCUCUCAGGUUAAUCCAACGGGAACGUCUUCAGUUGUAACAGAUGUGAGUGAUAGCCCAAGGGAAAACAGAAGCCCGCCAAGCAAUACAUCACAAACUGGCACUACUGGGAUGAACACUUUCGCUGGUAUGCAACAGGCCAUGCAGGCUCAGGUGAUGCAGAAUCCAGAACUUCUUCGCAGCAUGCUAGAUAGCCCUCUUGUUCAAUCUUUGAUGAGCAAUCCAGAGGUUAUUAGAAGUUUAUUUCAAGCUAAUCCUCAAAUGCGUGAUUUGAUUGAACGCAAUCCUGAGUUAGGACACAUGCUUAACAACCCAGAUCUUCUUCGACAGUCUAUGGAAAUAGCCCGCAACCCAGCUAUGAUGCAAGAAAUGGUCCGCAAUUAUGAUCGAGCGAUUUCAAAUCUGGAAUCGGUUCCCGGCGGAAUGAAUCAUUUACAGCGAAUAUUUCGGGAUAUCCAAGAACCGAUAAUGGAUGCAGCUUCAAGCAUUGGCUCCAGCUUAAGUGGUAACAAUUCCGAUGGCAAUUCUGAUCAGAAUCCCUUCGCAAAUUUAGCAGGUGGCAUGCGACAGGGUGCUCCUUCCACUGAGCCGAUGCCGAAUCCUUGGGCUCCAGCUGCAAACAACCCAACCUCAAAUAAUAAUACUCCAGCAGCACCUAGUUCGGCAAAUUCAAAUCGUAAUAGUGAUUUUGUGCAGACUAUGUUAAACCAACUGUCUUCUAGUCCUGAGUUGGUAUCAAAUGCUUUCCAGGUCCCAUACGUGCAAGCCAUGCUUGAAGCAAUGAGUGCAAACCCUUCAGUUAUGGAAAAUUUAAUCAUGAAUAAUCCAAUGAUUUCUAGUGUUAAUCCAAAUGUACGUGAUCAAAUGCGACAAAUGCUCCCACAAUUAGCUAACCAAAUCAAUCAACCAUCAUUUAUGAAUAUGUUAUCAAAUCCUCGUGCUCUCCAAGCUAUGAUGCAAAUUCAGCAAGGGCUCCAGACACUGCAACAAGAAGCCCCUGGUGUGUUAACUAGUUUAGGUAUGUCCGCACCUCCAACUGGUCCAGGUUCAGUUACAUCUGGCACAACCACAACUACAGAAACCCCGGUGACAGUUCCAACUCCUGGAGAUAACUCUGAUUCCACAACCUCUGACCGUACUACUGAUACUACAACCAAUCCACCUAAUCAAGCUGAAUUGACCACACUGUUAUCCAGUAUGUUGAAUAUGAUGUCUACUACCAAUAAUGGAUUGAGUGCCACAAACAAUGCUCCACCUGAACAACGAUAUCAAGCUCAACUUGAAGUGCUUGCUAGUAUGGGCUUUGUCAACCGAGAAGCUAAUUUGCAAGCAUUAAUCGCUACAUUUGGAGAUGUGAACGCGGCUGUUGACAGACUCCUUCAAUCAAAUCAGUCAAGAUAAUGCUCUGGGUUGUUCACCCUAAAGAUCAACAUUAUGUAGUACUUAUUUCAUUUCUAGAGAGAAUAUGCACUAAACUUUUUUUUUUCUAACAAAGUAGACUGUCAAUAUGUAUUUUUCGUCAGUGUGUUUUCCGUUCCAGUUCUCACAAACUGUGUUGCAUUAUAUGUACUCAUGUGCUGUGUCAACAGUUACGCUUUUUAAAGUUGUCAGAAGCCUUUUCAUUCUUUGCUUCUUAUUAGACCAGUUCAUAUGUGUGUUCUGCAUACUUUCUCAUUAAUUUCAUACCAUAGCGUACAUACUGCGCACAUCACAAUAAUUCCCUUCAACACCUUUUAUUCUUUUGUUCACUUUGUUAUAUCUCCCUUCCCUACUUAUCCUAGAACAACUGUCUGUUUAAUAUGUUCAUUAUACAAAUAUGCAGUUUUAUUUGUUUUUCUUCUUUAAUUUGUUGUGUAUUAGCUCUUAAUUUUAACAUCGAUGCAUAGUGAAAGAUGUCAGUAGGAAAUUCUCCAAAAAGUCUUUAUUCUCCCGAUGAUUCUUGGACAUUCUCACACAUAAAAUCAAUUGUGUUAACCUCAUAUACAUAUGUGUGGACUAAUUCAAUUUAAAAAAAAAUGGAUGUAAUCUAUAAUAUCAAAAUAUAUGCAUAUAUACACAAA